UCCCGUUAGUUUCAACAUGGCUUCUUGUUGUGUAGCUUAAAUUAAGCAUUUCAUGACACAAAUAUAUUGCUCAAUUACUAAAAUAAGUUUAAUAUAUGUGAAGCUUUAGUAUAUGAAAAGAAAUGUGAAAGUAAUGGUCUAAUUUACGAGAAAGAUGGAAAAUCAAGCCCAAGGGAUCUCUCAUGCUCAGCGGGUGCUCUCCUUGCUUAACCAACAGAGGGGUCUUGGCCAGUUUUGUGAUGCCAUGCUAAGCACAGCAAGUGGGCAGAUGCACCUGGCACAUCGCAAUGUUCUUGCCUGCUUCAGUAGCUUGUUUCAGGAUCCCAGUUUGGAAACACCAUGUGUACAGAUCAGCCUCCCAUUGGAAUGCCCUGACGACGGUUUGGAGCUACUGCUUAAUUUUUUUUACACUGGUAAACUGCAGUUGGAUGAUAGUAAUAUAGAAAAGGUUCAAAAUGCAGCUAGGGGACUCUCAGUACUGGAUUCUGUGAUACCAUUCCAGGGUUUGCCAGAACCACUACAAUUUUCUGUAUUAAGUAAAGAUGAAGAAGAAAAUUCACCUUUCCCACUGACAUUAGCAAAUUCUGAUCAUGAUCAAACAACAGAGAAGACUAAAUCAAAUGUAUGCAGUUUAGAUGAAGCUGCGAUAGCAAGCGAUAAUGACAACACCCCUGCCUCAACGUCUAAUAAAACCACACGUUCUGGCAGGAGAGUGAAAGGUCCCUGUCGACUAGUCGGGGAGAGUCCCAUGUCCACUAUCACGAGACAAGUAGCAGGAAGGAAACAAACAUCAUCUCUAGAGGACAAAAAGGAGGACAUUGCUGCCACAGAGGAAGAUCACCUCAACUAUCUUGGUUUGAGUGAGACUGAGCAGGUAGGUGGAUCUGUUGAGAAUCAAGAUGAUAAUGGUGAUGAUAAUGAUGAUGUCAACAACAAUGAAGAUGAAGAUGAUGACAGAGAUGCUAGUAUGGAGUUCCUCAAUGAGGGUACUGAUGAAGAGUAUGUGCCGCAUGAUUCACCUUCAACCUCAAAGACUCCAAGGAGAAAGCGCAAACAACAAAAACGUACCAAUAAAGAGAACGGAGAAGAAAUGUCAAAAUCCUCAGAGAAAGGCUCUGUCCAAUGUCCUACAUGCAACAAGACAUUCCUCAGCAAGUACUACUUAAAAGUACACAACAGGAGACAUACAGGAGAAAAGCCCUUUGAAUGUGCUAAAUGCGGGAAGUGCUACUACAGGAAGGAAAACCUGCUAGAACACGAAGCAAGAAACUGUCUUAGCAGAACAGAGGUGGUGUUUUCAUGUUCCAAAUGUACCGUGACUUUUAAGAAGCGACAUGAGCUUCGUCUCCACCUAGUCACACACACAGGAGAGAUGCCCAAUAAGUGCACGUCAUGUUCUGAGCAGUUCAUGCAGAAGAAAGACCUCCGCAGUCACAUGAUUAAAGUUCACGGAGCUCCUAAGCCACAUGCAUGUUUAUUGUGUACCAAAAGUUUCCUGUCCAGCACUGAGCUGCGUCUGCACGAGGCAGCCAAACAUCGAGGCGAGAAACUUUUUGUGUGCGAGGAAUGCGGCCACCGGGCCUCCAGCCGCAACGGCCUGCAAAUGCACAUCAAAGCCAUUCACAGAAAUGAGCGCCCCUUUGUGUGCGAGUUCUGCAAUCAUGCUUUUACUCAGAAAGCCAAUCUCAACAUGCACCUUCGGACACACACCGGAGAGAAACCUUUCCAGUGCCACCUUUGUGGCAAGACAUUUCGCACACAAGCCAGUUUGGACAAACACCAUCGCACACACACUGGGGAGCGGCCGUAUGGUUGUGAUUUUUGUGAGCAGCGCUUUACUGAGAAAGGCCCUCUGUUACGUCAUGUAGCCAGCAAACACCAAGAAGGCCGACCGCAUUUCUGCGAAAUAUGCAGCAAAACAUUUAAAGCCAUUGAGCAGCUGCGUGUUCAUGUGAGACGUCACAAAGGCAUGAGAAAAUACGAGUGCACACAAUGUGGUUACAAGUUCACCAGACAGGCACAUCUGCGUCGACACUCCCAGAUCCACUCUCGUGUGGAAAACUACAACCCAAGACAGAGACGACUGCGCAACCUGGUGGUGGAAGAUGAGAAUGCAGCAUCUAGCCAGGCAGAUGAUCAGGUUGAACCAGAGGAUCUAGUUAAGCUUGUGACCGAGGGAGGGGCAGUUGUGGUGGAGCAGGUGGUCUCGGCGUCCGUUGCAGGAACAGGAGGAGAACAGGCCUCUUUUUCAGUGACUGAUGAGACACAGGAUGGUGAGCAGACUGGAUUUAGUGUGACUGACAGGACUGAUGGUGGAGAUGAGCAGAAUGGGUUCACUGUAGCAGAUGUGAUGGAACAGACGCUGUUGGUGACCGAUCCAUACCCAAUCCAUCAAUCCAGUGUGGUCGUUGAGUUGUCCAGCUCUGAAACUGAUGAAAAGUUCUAACUGGAUUAGACUCGCGUCCAUGAAUAUUUAACUAAAGAUGUGCACAGAAGGUUUAUGUUGGUGUAUGAAGUUGAGUUUGAGAUAAUCACUCAUUCUAAAUAGCUUGCAUGAAAAACAGAAAUGGUUUUAUUUAUUUUCUUGAAAAGAAGUAAAAAUAGUUAUAUUAGUAGCAGUUGGGCUGAUAUACUGAUCCGAGCAUGAGUGAAUAUUAGAUGAGCUGAACUCAAAUCUGUAACAUCUAAUUGCAUAUAUAAAUUAAAACAGAUAACGGUG